AGUGGUUCCCGCCCUUCUUCACCGGCUGUUGUGCGACUGUCAAGCGGCGCUUACAGUUAAGACCGGUCGGUCGGGCAUCAUGGGCAACUCGACGGGCUGCACGGUGGAUGACCUGCAAGCGGUCGAGAUGCACUUGUGGUACAAAAAGUUUAUGACGGAAUGCCCGUCGGGGCAGCUCACCCUGCACGAGUUCAAGCAGUUCUUCGGUCUGAAAGGCCUGGACUCGGAGGCGAACGCGUACGUCGAGCAGAUGUUCCGCACUUUUGACAUGAACAAGGACGGCUACAUCGACUUCAUGGAGUACGUGGCGGCGCUCAGCCUGGUGAUGCGCGGCAAAAUGGAGCACAAGCUACGCUGGUAUUUCAAGCUCUACGACGUGGACGGCAACGGUUGCAUCGACCGACACGAGCUGCUCAACAUCAUCAAGGCUAUUCGCGCUAUUAACGGUAACGACAACCAGGAGGUGACGGCGGAGGACUUCACCAACAGCGUCUUCAACAGGAUCGACAUCAACGGCGACGGCGAGCUGUCACUCGAAGAGUUCGUGGCGGGCGCGCGUACCGACGAAGACUUCAUGGAAGUGAUGAUGAAGAGUCUGGACCUGACGCACAUCGUGGCCAUGAUUCACAGCAGGCGGCACAGCGUUUAGCAAAGUUUAUUCAUGGCGUCAAUAUUUUGGAAAUCAAGUUGCGCUCAAACUGAAUUCAGUCAGAAACGAGGAAUUCAGUGAAUACAGUUGACUUGUUUGAAUGUGUUUUUGUCAUAUUUUUACUGUUAUUUUACAAGAUGGUGAAUGAGCUUCUGCCAGGAACUCAAAUUACAAAAGUAGAUCAGCAGCAUUCGACUAGUGCCUUUUUGGUCGGAUUGUUUGUAUAAUAAAGUCAUGUCACAUGCGGGGA